ACAGGUGAGGGAGGAGGGCUGGGACAGGUGUGAGAAGUUGUGUACCUGGUAACAUGAAGCUGAGAAGUCUGCUGGCCUUGUCCCUUCUGUGUCUCAUCCCUGCAGGCAAUGCAGAGCCACAAAUUUCAGUUUCCAUCCCUAGCCUCCUGAAGAGUGGAGAGACAGGAAAGGCUUGUCUGACAGUCAAACGACACACCAAUCCCAUGCGUGUUCUGGCCAUCCUUGAAGUUGGUGAAACAAACUACACUGUUAUUGAUGAGCAGGUCCCAGCUGGUGACAUCUUUAAAACCUAUGAAUUGCAGGUGCCAAAGGUGGAAGUACCAACUCCAGUGUUCUUCCUUGUCAGAGCUGUCAGUGGGAACUACAACUACACGGCUCGCAGGUCUGUGGUCCUCGCCCCAACUGGCAAUGUUGCCUUCAUCCGGACAGACAAGGAACUGUACAAGGGUGGCCAGAAGGUGCAGAUGUACGUGAUGUCAAUGGACAAUAAUUUACGCCCAGUGGAGGAAACGUUCCCUGAAAUCUAUGUAAUGGAUCCAGCUGGGAAUCGGAUACAUCAAUGGCUGGAUCAGAGUACGAUGGGAUCAUUCCUAUACCUAAGUUUCAUGAUGCUUGAUGACCCAGAUCUUGGACAUUUUCAGAUCAUAGCUAACAGACAGUCUGGCACCCCAGUUACUAAAUCUAUAAAGGUUGAGCAGUAUGCUCUGCCCAAGUUUAGCCUAAUGCUGGAAGCUCCCAAUAGUGUAACCAUCCUGGACAAGAAUGUUUCGGUCGAAGUGAAUGCCAGGUACACAUAUGAUCAGGGUGUUCCAGGACAAAUAUCAGGCAGAUUGUGCAGACCACCAGCCAACUAUUACAAUGGAAACACCUGCAAUAGAAGUCCUGAUGGUAUCUGUGUGCCAUUCACUGGAACGACCAAUUCAGAGGGUACGUUUAAAGGAAAUGUUGAUCUCUCAACAUUCCAGCUUGACCGCUCAGGAUACCAGAUGACAUUUAAUAUGCAGGUCACUCUGAUAGAGCAGGGGACAAAUGUCCAAGCAACUGAAACCAAAGCCAUCUCUAUCACCAGCCAGCUAGGCCGAGCCCGUUUUGACUUGAAGGCUAUGCUUCCAUAUUUCAAAAAGGGAAUUCCUUAUCCUGUGGGGAUAAUUGUUGAGAAUGCACAGGGGCAGCCUGAGAGUGGCCAGGUGGUAGAACUCCAAAUGGACGGAAAGGUUCUUCAGAACCUGACAUCUGAUAAGUAUGGCAAAGCACACUAUAAAGUUGAUACCUCAACAUUCGCCACUUCAAAUGUCAACUUUCAGCUGAGUUACAAGAACCAAGAACAAUGCUAUGAUAACAACUGGAUUGUGCCCACUUACUCCAAUGAUCAUCACUCUGUUGGCCGAUUCUUCUCUCGCACUGAAAGCUUUGUGCAGCUGCAGGGCCCCAAAGAAGAUCUGCAGUGUGGUAAAACGCACAACAUUCGGGUUCAGUACAUAUUUGGCAAAGAUGCUUUGGCUGCAGGAGAAACCACAAUCAACUUCGUCUACAUGGUCAUUGCAAGAGCAAGGAUUAUGGAGACCGGUGUACGUUCUGUAGACGUAUCACGAUCUCUUAAAGGAGAAUUCAACCUAACCUACAAGGCAUCGCCUGAUCAUGUCCCUAUUGUUCAAUAUGCCAUACAGUACAUGCUGAAGGAUGAGCUGGUGGGAGAUGCCAUUAAUCUCAACUUGGAGAAAUGCUUCAAAAACCAGGUUUCUGCUAACUUCACAUCCGCAACAGAAACCCCUGGCGCUCUUGUUGGCUUGGAAGUGAAAACGACUUCAGACUCUUCCUGCCUCAUUCGUGUCUUUGAUUCAAGCCUCCUGCUUCUUGAUGCAGGGCAAGCCUUUUCUGCUGCUACGGUGUAUAACUCUCUUCAGUACACCAGCCUGAAUGGAUACUAUGCAGCAGGAUUCAAUGUACAACCUCCUCAGGUGCCCUGUACUGAUAAAAAUAAACAAAUCCUGGUCAAUGGUACUUAUUGGCAACCUGUUGGCUUCCCUGGGGAAGAAGAUGUCAGUAAGGUUUAUAGUGGUAUCGGUAUGCAUGUGAUCACUGAUACGCCCUCCCAGCAGCCACAGCUGUGCUCACAGCCGGAUUUCUUUCGACCAGCGAGGUUCGAACAGCCAUCUAUGGGAGUUUCUGGUAUAAUUUUUUCAGCAUCCGACAGCAAUGAAGCUAGCGUCUCAACAUCAACAUUUACUGUAUCAGAAAAUGCUGUAGCUCCACUGACAAGCAUGCGAACAUACUUUCCAGAACUGUGGUUUUUUGGGACCACAUAUGUGAGGCAAAAUGGUACUAUUUCAGUCCUUGAGGUCCCAGGCACCAUCACCAAGUGGAAAAGUGAUGUAGUGUGUCUCUCCAACGCGACUGGUUUUGGAAUGACGAAAUACCCAGCCAACUUCACUUCCUUCCAGAAGAUGUUUGUAGACCUCUCUCUUCCAGAUUCCAUUGUCCGUGGAGAAAUCAUGCUUCUAGUGGGCUCUGUUGCUAACUACAUGGACAAAUGUGCCAAGGUACAAGUCACUUUACAGUCUUCAAGUGACUAUGCUGUGAAACCAGUUCACACGGAAUCGGUGAAAUGCGUAUGUUCACAGAAAAGAGUCUCCUACUCCUGGAAGAUAAAUGCUACAUCCAUAGGUGUUGCCAAUGUCUCGGUGACGGCUGAAACAAUUCACAUUGGCGCGUCAUGUGAGGGACCUGCUGAUCCUAGGGAACCAAAGCGCAAGGACACCAUAGUGCGGAGUUUCACUGUGGAGCCUGAAGGCAUCAAACAAGAAGUCACCAAAACCGACUUUGUCUGUGUCAAAGGUUCAAACUCCAUCGUAAAUGUUAACAUCAACCCCUCAGGAAACAUUGUGCCUCGGUCUAUGUUUGCGAAGGUUCAAGUAAUAGGGGACAUGUUGGGCCGAGCUUUGACAAAUCCUGAAAACUUAAUUGUUGAGCCCAGGGGAUGCGGAGAGCAAAAUCUUGCUACACUAAUGCCAAUAGUGCGUGCGAUGGAGUUUUUGAAUUUAACCGGUCGUCUUACUGAGGAAAUUCGACAACGUGCAGUGCAAUAUAUGGCUAAUGGAUACGUAAGACAAGUGCGUUUCAGAAAUUAUGAUGGAAGCUUCGGCGCCUUUAGCCCAGGGAGGUCUAAGCCAAGUGGAUGGUUGACUGUGUUGGCUUUGAAAACCUUGUGGGAUAUAAGACCAUAUACCUUUGUUGAUGACAACAUCUUCAAGCAAGGUCUUAUCUUUUUGGAAAAUUUGCAGGACUUGAAUACUGGAGGGUUCAAGCCAGUGGGGACCUUGUUUAACAGUGGACUGAAGGGAGGUGCUGAUGAUGAUGUUGGGUUUACAUGUGCUGUCGUCAUUUUCAUGGCUCAGACCACUUAUGCAUCUACUCCUUCACUGUUACGUCUAGCUCUCUCCUACCUGGAUGCCGCUUCUCAAAAGGAUCAGUCAGUGUUUAACUAUGCUAUGCUCUACAAUGCCUUCCGGGUGUCCGGGAAUGUGAACCGCGCCAAUGCUAUGCGUGCAAAGUUGAAAACGUUGGCCAUUAAUGAAGGUAACAGUCUUUACUGGCAACGUAAAAAGCGUCCAGAACAGCAGACUCCCUACCUGUUUUCUCGUUCUGCCCCCUCAGCAGAGUUGGAGCUAACAGCCACUGUCCUUAAGGCUAUGGCUUAUGGGGAGAAUAGCUCUACAGUAUCUCCAAAUGACCUGAAUGAAAUGGCCAAGAUUAGCAACUGGCUUGUUCGACAGCAGAAUAUACAUGGCUCUUACAGGACCACAUCGGACACCAUGGCAGUGUUGGAUGCCCUGUGUAGUUAUGGAGCUCUGGUGUACCAGAACAAUGCCAGAAACACUGUUCAGCUGAAAUAUGGAGAUCGAGUCAUCAGAGAAUUCAAUGUUUCCAAAUCCAGCAGAAUCCUCCUUCAGUCUGAGAUUCUUAAUCGGGUUCCUGGAAAUUAUAGCAUGGUGGUUUCUGGGAAUGGCUGUGUGCUGCUGCAGACUGGAGUUGAGUUCAAUGUUCCCGUGAGACAGAGAAAUUCUGCCUUUUCACUGUCUGUGACUACAUUCCCAGGAAACUGUCAGAAUGGAGUGGCGUACUUGGUUGACUGUCAAGUGAAUGCCAGCUAUCGUGGUAUUCAGAAUACGUCAAACAUGGCUUUGAUCGACGUCCCGCUCUUAUCGGGAUAUAUAGUGGAAGAUAAUUCUCUUUCGAAGCUGAAAUCUAUGUUUCCCAAAGUUGAACAGAUGAAAAACCAUCUCAUUGUGUAUUUAAAUGAUAUGACCAGUGAAGGUGUCUCCUUUAAUGUGACACAAGAAAUGAGACCCAGAGUGGAGAACUUCCAGCCAAGAACAGUUCGGGUCUACGACUACUACGAGAAAGAUGAAAAUGGCUCCGCUGAAUUGCGCCACCCAUGCACUCUUUCAGGCUAAACAAAGAAAAGAGGUUCUGAAGACUUGGUCAUCCUCCGCUCAUUGACCACACUGGUGUACCGCUUUCUAGGUCCCGCAAGUUGCAUAACCUGUAUGGAAAAUAAUAGAAUACUGAAAAGUUCAAUAAACAAUGUAACAAAUA